AUGUCGCGACGCGAGCGCGACCGAGAAGAGCGACGACCCCUGGACCCGUGGAACGACUCGGACUCCGAGCGCUCGGACGACCGCGCGCGUCUCGUCAGCAUCUCCCGCGACGACGACGACGACGACGAGACGCGACCGACGUCCCGCGACGACGACGACGAGACGCGACCGACGUCGUCGUGGGAGAUCUUAUCGAAACACCGCGGCGUCAUGGGCGUGUUCUGCUUCGCGUCCGUCGUGAGCACCGCGUCGACGUCCGUGCCGUUCCCGUUCCUCGGGAACGACUUCCGACGCGCGGGGCUGCCGCCGUUCCUCGUCGGCGUCGUCUUCUCCGCGCUCCCCGCGGGCGUCCUCGUCGCGUCGCCGUUCGCGCAGCGGCUCUCGUGGCGCUUCGGCGCGAAGCGAUGCGUCGUGUGCGGCCUCCUCGCGCAGGCCGCCGCGGUCGCGCUGUGCGUCUUGGGAGGCGAGUCCGGGUACGUCGUAUGGGGGGUCAUGCGUCUCCUUCAGGGAAUGGCCAUCGCGCUGGAGAGCGUCACGAUGCUGUGCGUCGUCACGAGAGCCGUCCCGGACGCGGUGUCGAUAGCCGCCGGGUUGCAGGAAGUCAGCGCCGGGUUCGGGACGCUGAUAGGGCCCAUCAUCGGCGGGUACCUGUACGACGCGGGCGGGUCGUCCCCAACCUUGCCUCUGCUCGUCAACGCCGCGCUCGUCCUCCUCGCCGCGCCGGUCGUGUCCAGGGCGUUGGAGACGGUGCGAAACGUCGACGCGGAGGCGCCGAGGGAGGACGAGGAGAAGCCGAAGUUUAGACGCUUACUCGCGAACCCGACGUUCGUCGCAAUCGCGACCGCGGCGCUGGUGAUAUCCACGUCCUUCGGCGGGAUUCCCACGACGUUGCCGUUGCAUCUGCGCAAGACGCUGAACCUAUCCGCGUCGAACAUCGGCGUCGUGUACGCCAUCUUAGCGGGUCUGUACGCGGUCAUAACCCCGAUCGUGGGGAUGAUAUCGCACGACAGUCUCGUCGGCGACGUCGCGCUCGCCGUCGUCGGGAUGGGGUGCAUGUCUAUCGCGCACCUCUUGUUCGGUCCGAGCGCGUUGCUUCGCGAAUCGUCCGAGGUGAGCGACGUCGCGCGUUGGAAUCUCAACGUGCUCGCUGCGUCGUGCGUGUACGGCCUCGGAUCCGCGCUCGCGUUCGUGCCGCUGCUGCCGCUGCUCCAGGCCGCGGUGAAGCGCGAGGGUCCGAUGUACGUGGACAUGGUGAACGGCGUCUUCGUGUCGCUGUACUUCUCCGGGGAGCUUCUCGGGCAGCUCUUCGGCGCGAGUCUCGCGUCUGCGUUGGGGUACCCGGGAGCGGGGACGCUCUGGGCGCUCGCGCUGCUCGUCGUCGCCGGGAUUUUGAUCGUCGUCGAGGGCGCGCACGCGGCGCUGAGCGGGUGGUGGCACAGAAGAGAGGAACGCGCGGAGGACGAGGACGAGGAGGCGGGACUGGACGGGUUAGAAGAGGCGCUGUUGCUCGACGACAGCGACAGCGACGGAAUGGAGUAG